AUGGCUUCUCCCAACAAGCUCUCCAACCUGCAACUUCGGCGCUACUUCCGGCAGCUCGGCAAAUAUGAGCUGGUGUUCCGGAAUGCGGUGUUCCCGUUGACGCCAAAUGGGAUGCUGUACGUCUCGUCGAUGCUCGCCCUCCUCCACGCCCUCAACCUCUCGCCACUUGACGGGGCCGUCUCGUUCAUCAACGACUUCACCGGGAUUGUCAUUAGCAGCAUCCUCAUCUCCCAAAGCAUCUCGUUCCUGUUGGUGCUCCUUCCGGUGAUGUUCUGCGCGGUGUUCAUCGUCCGCAUGUCCUUCACCGUGAUGCUCUACUAUCGUGGAUGGCUAUUCGAAGAGAUCGGCAAACCACCCAGCCUCCCAACAAAGAUUUUCAUGAUGGUCGUGUCCUUCGUCAACCGGCACGCCGUCUUCUUCUCCUACCGUAACCUGUUGCCUUGGUUGCCCAUCCCGAAGAUCAGCGACACCAUCCCCAAGUACCUGGAGACUGUCGAGCCGUUCCUGUCGAAGGAAGAAUACGACGUCAUCCGCAAGCAGGCCAAGGAUUUCGUUGACGGAGGGAUGGCCGGCCAGCUGCAGAACAAGCUGUGGAUGAAAUGGAUCAUCAGCCCGAAUUGGGUAUCCGACUGGUGGAAGGAGGUUGUCUACAUGCGCUAUCGGGACUCGCUCAUCAACACCAACGUCGGAUGCGCCGAUAUUAUUUUUAAGCAGCCAACGACGAGUCAAGCCGCCCGCGCCGCCGUGACGACGUGGCUCCGACUGCGCUUUUGCCACGAAUACUUCGACAAGCAGACGACGAAAGGGGUCGGCUUGGGCCCGAUUCCGCUCUGCCCAUCUCAAUAUAUGGACUACUACAGGACGAUCCGUGUUCCGAAGCACACUAGUGAUGUGAUGGAACGCCUAGCUGAUGCUCGCCAUGUCGCCAUCAACCACAAGGGCGCCUGGUACAAAGUGCCGAUCCAUACCGGAAAACGUUGGCUGCGACCGGCCGAGAUGGAGAGAGCCUUCGAGAAUGUGCUCGCACGGACUGAUGAGCCGAAGAAGGGUGAGAGCCAUCUCGGCGCGCUGACAGCCGGCCCUCGCGAGCUUUGGGCCAGGAUUCGAGAGGAGAAGUUCAACGAAGGAUACAACCUUCGAUCGCUAACGAUGAUCGAAACGGCGUUGGAGGUGAUGUACUUCGACGAUGAGGAGAGGGUCUGGGACGAGUCGGACAUUACGAAGUACGAGCGGGAGUACCAGCGAACAUUGACUGGCGACGGGUACAAGCUGUGGUGUGAUUUGCCCUCUGUGUCGAUAUUCUCGAAGAACGGACGGUUCACGACAAAUGCCGAACAUUCGGUGGUCGAUGCGAUGAUCUACGUGCACAUUCGGGAGUAUAUAAAGUACCACGAACAGUUCUCCAACCUCUACACUCCCGAUGGACAUGCGGCUGGAGUCAUUGAGCAAGUGCCGGCUAUUGAACGGGCCGAAUGGUAUCUGGAUAAGGAGAUCCGCGACGCCAUCGAUCAAGCCUUCACGGUCUCCAAGGCUGUCAGCGACGACUUUGAAAAUGCGGCCGUCGUCUACUUCGACUACGGAAAAGACUUCAUCAAGAAAGCCCGCGUUUCCCCGGACGCCUACAUCCAAAUGGCCCUCCAGUUGACGUACUUCAAGGACCAGGGCCGUUUCGAUCUGACCUACGAACCGGCAGUGAUGCGUCUGUUCCGUGAUGGUCGUACGGAGACUGUCCGCUCGUGCUCCAACCAGAGUUGCGCCUUUGUCCGCGCGAUGCUCGAUGAGAAGACGUCGGAUGCGGAGAAAUUGCGUUUGUUGAAGCUGGCUUGUGACCGUCACCAGGAUUACUAUCGGAAUGCGAUGGCCGGCAGGGGUGUUGAUCGUCAUCUAUUCGGCCUGUACGUCGUCUCGAAGUACUACGAAAUGUCUUCCCCAUUCCUCGACAACGUCUUCUCGAUGAGCUACGCCCUGUCCUCCUCGCAGACGCCGCAACAUCAGUCCGUCGAGUACUCCGCCGUGCUGAACAAGGAGCGCGAGCUGUUUUGGCCUGCCGGAGCCUUUGCCUGCCCUGAUGGCAGCAAAUACGGUGUGUGCUACACGAUCGGCACCACCGGCGAUAUGAUGUCUUUCCACAUUUCCAGCAAGAAGAGCUUCAAGGAUACGGAUUGCCACCGCUUCCGCUCUCAACUUCUCGACUCCUUGCGCGAGAUGAGGGAGAUGGUCGAGGCGGCCACUGCCAAGCAA